UGUAUUCGAAGGCGCAGAUUUCAUAAUGGACUGGGUGCAUUGCAAUUCCUGUUUUUAUCAACCUGGGGACACUGAAAAACGAGGCUUAUAUUUUACAAGUUGCGGGCAUUUAUACUGCAAAUCAUGUUUGACGUUUGGUAAAUGUGAAAAAGAUGUAUUCUAUUUGGAAAAUGAAACGGAAGAGAAUUAAAUAUGGAUUAUUGUGCUAAUCAAUCAUUUUGUUCACAUAAUUGUUACAGAUAAUAAUUUUUCUCAGACAUGUUCUGUCUGUAGAAAACAAUAUGUAGUAACACAAAUAAAUUCUGAGAUGUCAGAAGAUUUAAAAGAAAAUUUUAAUGAUCCAUUCAAUUAUUUGAAUAAGAUUCUCAAAGUGCUUAAGUUUCAAAAAGAGCAUCGGUUGCGGUUCUUCACACAUAAUAAGCAGAUGAAUUUGAGUUAUCAAACUUACAAAGAAUUUUGUGAUAAGGCUCAGAAUGAAAUAGAAUGUUUGAAGGCAAAAAUACAAAGAUUGCAAGAAGAAAAUAGGCACUUAAAACAAUUGUAUUACAAGUUCCAUGAUAAAAGCAUUCAGACUCCCUUAAAGAGGAAAUCACCUUUCAAUUUUUCUCCAGUGUCAUCUGAAUCAGUUUACAAGAUGUCUUCCCCCUUUGAAAUUAAUUCACUGCAAUUUCCACAGACACCAACAUCACAGACUAUUUGGGCUGAUAGAAUUACUUUGCCAUCACAACACAAAACUAAUUAAUUAAUAUCACUAAGUAUUAAUCAA